AUGCCCUCAAAGAGGUUUGCAGAGCCUGAGCCAGAACUGGAGUCCUCACGCACCGAGAACAAAAGAAGGAAGAGGUCACCUUCAUGCGUCAGUGAUUCAGACGCGUCAGAGAAAUCAACCGUCGUCGUACGCGACUCGUCCGUGCUGAACGAGCCGGAACAGCCACCUCAAAAGCCCUCUGAGCCCAAAGAGCUCACAAUACCUAAAGGCACGUCCAAAACACUGAUUUAUGCACCCCCCGACGACGAAUACGACGAGGACGAGAACUUCCAGGUUAUUGGCGAAACCGACCCUGCUGAACUCUCCGACUCUGACGAUUCCGGGGGUGUACCUGUACGUGUUAUAACAGAUUUCUCUAUAUACGAGUGCACAACGGGACAGUUAGUGCCGGUUGGGGAGCUUAUUACUGUUAAUCUUGCAAUGAACAGCAAGAGGUACCGAGCGUCCGGCUAUGUAAAACCCCAUAUCGACGACGACGAAUACUGUGAUGAUGACAGCGAUGAUGACAGGUAUGGUAUGUCUAACGAAGAGGAUUGCCUCCAACGGAUUCGUUUGACACGAAUCCGCAAAUUUACCCUCCACGAUAUACGACAGCGCUCUAGAGAACUUGACGACAAGCUUUAUAUCCUAACGGACCAUGCUUGGUAUAUUCUCGACCGUCCUUCACAACAAUACACUCCCUUAUUUCGUGGCUUAUGGCUGAAGCAUCGAAUCUCACAUCUUCUUGUGUCUAUGUCCCUGGUCAACCCACAAUUGGCUUAUGAAGAUUUUGUUUCUGCCCUUCAUGUAGCUCCUGACUCGCCUGAUGAAGUUUCUGUUGCGUUGACCAUCAUCGGGCGUGAGCUUGAUGAAAAUGACAUACAGUCUGAUGAGAUUAAAAGUUAUAUUAUUGCAACACUCAACGAGCUUUGCGACGACGGUAUCAGUGUCGCGCACACUCCGGUAGUGAAGGAAAUCGUUGGACAAGAAGAGUCUUAUCAUUUGAUGGAGAAGGUUGCUCCUGCCUCCCGCUCGCGUACCCAGCGGCCGCCUCAGAGUCGUUCUUCGCAUUCUAACGAUAUCGAGAAAGAAGUUCUUAAACAUAGGAACAAAACUGUCACCACACCCGUCGUCGGAAGGGUCGCCCAACGAUUAUUUGAGAAUAUUCAGGUUUCUGGGCGAUCUAUAAACCAGGACAUGGACAUGUCGGAUGACGCUCCACGUCACGCUCCUAUAAUACAUGUCGCCAACCCGAACUCUGUGCAAUGGCUGGACCCUGUGGACGAUCAUCCUGACUUUUAUAAUUCUGUUCUCGUGGACAACGUGAAAUACUCAGUCGGAGAUGCUGUGAUGGUCGUACCUGGAGAGGAUGAGGAUGCUGCUCGAGCAAAAUGCUAUAAGUACCAGCCCUCCCAGUCGACAAACAAACUCGCAAAUGACUAUUGGUUUUGCAAAAUUCGGUACUUCUUCGAAGAUGAGGGCGUCAAGAAGUUCCAUGCGCAGUGGUUCACGCACAGCUCGAAGACUCUACUCCAAGAAGCGGGCCACUCGCAUGCGCUGUAUUUGAUGAUCUCCGACUGCAGCGACGUUGAAAUUGACGCCAUCUCGCGAAAAUGUAAUGUUCGUGAACUCCCAAUGGAUAGUGUCCAGCCAGACGAGUCAACUCUCGAAGAGGACAAUGAUUUCCAUUCUGGACCUAUGUUCAACAGCCUCGACUCUAGUUUUGUUCAGUUCUCAGAAUUGGAGACUCAGACUCUUCUCAGCUUCUGCGACGACCAUAAACAGUGCCUCGCUUGCGGUCACAAGGAACGCGCGUCCAAUUUCACUGAUUCACGAGCCCUUCGAAAUGGCUUUUCUCACAACGACGUCAACUACCACGUCGGUGACUUCGCGUAUAUCUCAACAGGGCAUAAUAGUAUCUAUCAAAUUGGUCAGAUUGAGAAGUUCGACAUUAAAAGGGGCAAGUGUGUUGAAGUCAUCACUCGACUCUUUGGACGCUACGAUGACAUUGUCCGGAAAGUCUCCCCUGGCGUUGAUAAGCCAAAAGGAAUCUCUUAUGAUCAGCGGCGCCUGUUCCGUUCGCAGACCCGGGAGAAAACAAGACCCGACGAUAUCCGAGGACAAUGUUUCGUCGUUCAUGAGACAGACGACACUAUUAUUGAUGCUUGGGUCACUCACGAUGAUCACUUCUUCGUGAACGAGUGCGCUGACUCCCUCGACGUCAAUUCGCUCGACGACUUAGAAUCGUGGCCAGGAAGUCAAUUCCGGCCUUGCUUCCAGUGCCUCGAAGAGCACCGAGCUAAUCUAGCCCGCCGGGCUCAACAGUUGCAGAGGCACGGCCCACUUCGAGGGUUGGAACUUUUUUCUGGCGCGGGUGGCCUCGGAACUGGAUUGGAUAUGUCCGGCUUCGUGGAGACGAGAUAUGCGGUCGAGUUCUCUCCAGGAGCAGCGAAGACUUAUGAGCAAAAUCACCCUAAUGUGACGGUAUACAAUCAAUGCACGAAUGUAUGCCUCCAGCACGCCCUUGAUGUCGCAGAGGGGAAGAAUCCUCGCCCCCUCCGAUCCCUGGGAGAUAAGACGCCCUUACCCCCGAUGCCUAAGCCGGGCGAAGUCGAUUUUAUCUAUGGCGGCCCGCCAUGUCAGUCUUUCUCGAAGAUGAAUCACGUGAAGAGAGAAAAUGACAUACGGUCCACGCUCGUCUGCAACAUGAUCGCGUACGUAGAGUUUUACCGACCGAUGUACUUCCUCUUGGAGAAUGUCAGUGGCAUCCUGGAGCAUUCGCUGAAGGAAAAAACUGUCGCUUCGGGCGUCGUGAAAUUCAUUUACGCUGCCCUCCUGGCCUUGAACUACCAGGUCGAAUUUAACGUUCUUCACGCAGCAAACUAUGGCGCGCCUCAGGCACGCAAGCGGGUUCUGUUCGUGGCAGCCAGGCAAGGAGUUCCUCUUCCCGAUUUCCCGAUCCCGACGCACUUCUUCCCUCACUCAAGAGUACAGCGCGUCAAGUUGCCCACCGGAGCCUACUUGGGACCUGUCUCGCGCUUGAAGUACGGUGACAACAACGCUGACCUCUCGGCCCCGCUGCAUUUCGUGACGAUUCACGAAGCUAUUGGCGAUUUGCCUCCGUUCGACUGGACUAACCCCCACGCCAACAUCUCGAAAACCGCUGCUGAUAGAGCGGUGGAGCGCAAGCGCAAAGACAAGCUUGGAAUCCCAUCUUUUUCCGCGCUGCCUUCGGCAAGAACCUCAGCAGAUCCGUUCGCUGGUUACUCGAAGCCAUGCCAUUAUCCGAGUGGACCACUUUCCCGUUACCAGAAGUUCGUGCGGCGGGGAAGCGACAAGCUUAUGUAUCAUUAUACCAAACGCUUCGGGGAUAUUAUCAUUGAAAGAACUGUAAAUGUGCCCAUGAGAGCGGGAGCCAAUCACUUUGCCGUCUACCAGCGCCUUAAUGCAGACAUGUAUUUCUCGACUGCACUGACCACCGUGUUGCCGAAUACUAAGGGCGGUCAAGUAUUGCAUCCCUCGCAAAAACGCAUCCUCACAGUUCGCGAAUGUGCACGUGCGCAAGGGUUUCCGGAUGACUACAAAUUCGUCUCGGUGAACAAGGGAAGGAAGAUAGUAAAGGCUAUCGAUGAUCAAUUCAGACAGAUCGGUAAUGCGGUGCCUAUACCGCUGGCUUAUGCUCUCGGGAAUGCUCUAGGUGGGGCGAUGUUCAGGAUGUGGGAUGCAGAGCCUAGUAGAGAUGCGAGUCCGGUUCUGUGA